GCAGUUGAGCGGUGCUGUCUCCCCGGCGCGUGCUCGACGUGUCGUCGUCUUCCCUCAGCCCCUGCCCGCCUCGCCAGCACCCAGGCCUACCUAUCGUCCGCGCAGAUUGACCCGUGACCUGUGACAUGAUGGCCUCCAUAGAUUUAAAAUCACCCCUGCCCACUGAUGGCCCCUCUGUUACCCUCACCAUUCGCCUGCUGAUGCAGGGCAAGGAGGUUGGCAGCAUCAUCGGCAAGAAGGGGGAGAUUGUGAAGCGCUUUCGAGAGGAGAGCGGCGCGAAGAUCAACAUUUCAGAUGGCUCCUGCCCAGAACGUAUCGUCACUGUCACUGGAGCGACGGACGCCAUCUUCAAGGCGUUCACGCUGGUCUGCCAGAAGUUUGAGGAGGUGAGCGCACCUUCUACCUCGUCACGGAGGAGCGGCGCGAAGAUCAACAUUUCAGAUGGCUCCUGCCCAGAACGUAUCGUCACUGUCACUGGAGCGACGGACGCCAUCUUCAAGGCGUUCACGCUGGUCUGCCAGAAGUUUGAGGAGGCGGGCGGGCUGCAGGGCGGCGGCGGCGGCGGCGUGCCCCGGCCGCCCAUCACGCUGCGCCUCAUCGUGCCGGCCUCCCAGUGCGGCUCCCUCAUCGGCAAGGCCGGCGCCAAGAUCAAGGAGAUCCGGGAGGUGACCGGCGCCAGCAUUCAGGUGGCCAGUGAAAUGCUGCCUAACUCCACGGAGCGAGCUGUCACCAUAUCUGGUACCAGCGACGCCAUCACGCAGUGUAUCUACCACAUCUGCUGCGUGAUGUUGGAGUCGCCGCCCAAGGGCGCCACCAUUCCAUACCGGCCCAAGGCGCAGGUGGGCAGCGCCGCCAGCCCGGUGCUGUUCGCCGGCGGCCAGAACUUCGCGCUGCAGGGCGGCUUCGGUCUGGCUUCGGGGCCGGACGUGAGUAGCGGCCCGCUGCCGUUCAUGCCGGCGCCGUCGGCGCCCGGCCACUCGUCGCCGCCAGUCAUCGCUCCGCACACGCCUCUGUCGGCGCAUAUGUCCCCCCACUUCCUGGACGCCAAGGCCGGGCACAUCCUGAUGCCGAGCCUGCCGCCAGCCUUCCCGGACCCGAAUAAGUCUAACCCACUGGCCAGCCUACUCGGAGGCCUCGGGGGAGCCCACAACACGCUUCAAGCCAACACUUCAGCGAUGACGGCUCUGGCCGCCCUGGCAGGGUCCCAGCUACGCGCGCCGCCCACCGCCGGACCCUGCACGCAGUCGCACGAGAUCACGGUGCCCAACGAGCUGAUCGGCUGCAUCAUCGGCAAGGGCGGCACCAAGAUCGCCGAGAUCAGGCAGAUCAGCGGCGCCACUAUUCGCAUCAGCAACUGCGAGGAGAAGGACCGGGAGUGCGGCAACACGGACCGCACCAUCAGCAUCACCGGCGCGCCGGACAACGUGGCGCUGGCCGUAUACCUCAUCAACCUGAGAAUAUCGCUGGAGACGGCCAGCAUGGGUGUCGCCGGCAUGGGAUUUCAGUACAUCUCUCCCAACCACAUCAUCAAAGUACCAAUCCAUUGAUAUACGGCGGCGCCGCCGGGCCCUUGCUAUGCAGUCAUCCUGUGAGAGUCGCCGACACCGAGGCAGCCGCCACCGAUCCGCCGGGGAGCAGUCUGAACAGCGACACGCCGACACGAAUCUCUGAAACGUAGUGACACAGACUCGGGUGCACCGGCACGGACUCUCGGACACGCUGACACGGACUCCCUGGUGCACUGACGCGGACACCGACAUGCCGACAUGGCUCUUCGACACACUGAUACGGACAUCAACACGUCGGCACGGCUCUUUGACACACUGACACAGCUCUUCGACACACUAACACGGACAUCGACAUACUGACACUUUCAUCGACACGUCGGCACGGCUUUUCGAUACACCGACACGGCUCCUCGACACACUGACACGGCUCUUCGACAUGCUGACACAGGCUCUCUGAUGUACGGACUCGAAACUUUUUGACACGCGAGCACCAACCCUCUGGUACACGGACAAGUAUCCUGACACGCUGACACGAAGUUUCUGACUCAAAAUUUCCGACACACUGACCUGAUCCCGAUACACCGACGCGCCGUGGCGAUCCCCGAGACGCCGACAGCAAGCGGCCAACCCUGCUCCUUACCUCGAAGAUGCCCGCACCGCCGCCGUGCCACGACAAGCGCGUCGACCCCUGACGACCCGGGCUCUCCCGACACCGACGACGACAUGACACGGACGCAGACGCCGACAGUCGGACCACGCGGGCUGGGACGCAGACUCAGUCCGCUCUGACCGCUCAGGUCGGGACGCAGAUGCAAUUAGCCGUUAGCCUGACUGCUGAGGCUGGGACUCAGAUGCAAUCAGCCGGACUGCUCAGACUGGUCUCAGCCGGACUGCUCAGACUGGGACGCAGAUGCAAUGGGUCGGACGAGCGCGGCCCGGGACGUGCGCACCGUGGUCAGGUCGCUCGCUCUGUGAUGGGCUGUCGGGUCUCCAUGGCCUGGCCUGCUAUCGCACGCCGCUGGGCGCGGGCCACCUGGGCGGCUUGGCUCGGUAAGAAUGUGUCAUAUUUUUGUAAUCAGGCUUGGUGUCUUGUGUUGGCUAUCGUGUUGCGUCUGUUUUCUCACAAUAUAAACUACCGCUACGCCAAAUGGUGCUGUACAUACGUAAAACGGGGAGUAUUUUACACGUUCAACGGAUAGGUGUGAAUAUCUUUUAUAGCGCUCUGUACUUCUGCUGUUGUUCCUGCUCUGCUAGCAUCGCCACUUGAUGGCCUUAUAUCCUGUGUCUAUCAGGCCUACCUACCCUGGCCUACGCCUCCCCUGCCCAUAUCCGACUUGCGACCAAACCCUGCGUCUAUCGGCAGCGCGUGACCCCGAAACCAGCCCGACCCGCCCCCUGUCGUUGACCCGACCGCCGGCGACGGGGGUCUUCCCACCCCCAGCCGGCAGCCCCGUCUGCGGACGCGCGACCGUGGCUGUCGGGAGCCGUCUGCCUCUGACGUCACACCUGUCCCUGCCCGCUGCCGCCGCUGCCGGCGUCGAGCGGUGGAGGCCGGCUUUGCGAACUGGACCGGCUCCUCUCCCGGUCCCACGGACCGGCAGCGCCGCCUGCCGGUCGCCGCGCGGCAGGCCGGCGGGCCGCGUGGCUGGCAGGGACUGCCAGCGUCGGCGCGUCACCCGUCCCGAGCCGCUGUCACCGGUCCAAGGGUCGGGCGUGACCUCAUGGUGUCCACUCCGCUCGGGGCCAGCGCUCGGCCGCGGCGACGUCUUGGGCCGCGUUGUCUUUGGCAGCGGCGCGGACGGGGCGUCCCUGAUGCGUGUCGCUGUUUGUCCUGCCCUGUCCAGAGCGGCCCUUUCCAUGCCAGGACCACUGGGCAGUCAUGGUUCAACGUAACGUGACUGCGGCCGGAGGACUGCCCACUGACGGACCGGAUGGGCCAGGUCUCAUCCCCGUCUCUCUUUGUCUCUCGGGGUGGAUACAGUUGGCCGGCCUUUUCGCGCGGUGGGGCCAGUGACCCGUGACCUGACAUACAGCUCCCCACCGGAGGUUGCUCCCGCGCUCACCCGUAGAGAGCGGACGUGACUCUGGGCGCUGUCUGAGCAGCCGGAGAUGUCGCCGCCCGCCCCUUGCCCGGCGGUGUCGUAUCAUCGACACACGUGACACCGCGUGGGGUGGCCGCAUCAGCUGCUCGGUCGGGCGGUCGGUGGCCUCAGGAUAGGCGCCGGCGCCCACGACCGCCCUCCUCGUCACCGCUGGGUCCCACCGCCCCAUAUCUCGCGUGUUUGUAGCGCACGGAUGCGUGCGGCUCCUCGGCGUGGCCCGCCCCGACGACCUAGCUUAACCUAGUCUUUCUCGAACAAACAAGGUGGUUCUGUCUUCCUGAGUGCUGCUCAAUGAGUCCUUUCAAUCAGUGCGGCGGAGAAGCGAUCUCACCUCCCUGGUGCCUGCGCGGACGAGCGACGGACGACGUGCUGUUCAGAAAAGGUACGCCGUCAGCGCGGCGCGGCCAUUUGGGGCGAGCGGAACCCGAAAGGUUGUCCGCGUAAAUUGACUUAAGGAAUGCAGCAAUAGGAUUUGAGGUCAGUGAAGGUCUCAUGGAAACGGAGAUCGAUGUAAAUGUAUGCACAGAAAGACGGUGGGUUGAGGGUCGACUUUGGCCUCUAGUAGUCGUAUUCGAUGUGUGCAAUCUCUGUGCAAUAGCAGUAUUUAUCGAUUACAUAUACACUUGCUAGGUAGGUGAUGGCUAGCGUUAGGAGUUUCGUGCUCAGAUUGUCGCUCAAUCUCCGCCUCGCUCACCAGACCGGAGCCCCGGCCUCCGACCCUCCCCGCCGGCCCGGGCACGCUCCACGUGUCGCCGGCGGCGCACCCUGCCCUCCCCUGACCUCUCGACGGGCGGCGGCCUGUGCGCGGCGUCCGAGAGCCAGUCCUCACCGAUGCCUUCACCCAGACCCGCUUACCCGCCAGCCCCGUCCGACGUAAGGUCAUGCUACCAGAGCAGGGGGAGGGACGGCGAGUGGCGGCCGCGCGUGUACAUAGCCGGCGCUGCGCUGCGCCGGUCGGUGUCGGCCGGCCUUGUUUGCUGUUACUGCGGGCUAUUUGUUCGAGGGUGUGCAUGAAUAGGAGCGGUGGAGUGUCGCGCUAUGGCUACACCCAAUUCUAAUAUCAUGCUCUCUAUCAAUAUUUUAUAUCAGCGGACAAUCACAUCAGGCAAUAUAUCUGGCCAAGCGUGAUUUAAACAACCCUCACAUAUCUUCGCUUUCAUAUCACUUGUUGGCGAUGGUACAAAAGGCAUGAUAUUCGCGUGCUACCACAGCCGCUGUUCUCACCGCCACCUGUGAUUCGUUGGUGGAAGCUGUAGUUAUCAGCGAGCCACCGGGCCGGUGCAUGGGGUUACGCGGAUGUACCGGUUGAGAUAUAUUGUUGUCUUCGGUGUAUGUGCCAACGUUGUUCGAUAUGGUGAGUGCACCAGUGCUUUGUUUAGUAUAAUCUUACGUAGGAUAAGGUGCGCAUGGAGGAGCAAAUUCAAAAUUCGGAGUGAGCGUGUAGUUUUUAUGGAGUUUUCCAUCGUCCUAUAUUUGUAUAUAGAGAUAUUUGUGUAGCUAUACAUCUUUACGAUACGCAUAUUGUGUUGAGGUUUGUGUUUUUGUUCGUAGUGUGCGCGUGUGAUUUGCACGGCGCAAAAUCGGCGUUUUCGUUACAUUUAGGGCGUUGUUUGUCUGCCGGGCGUUGUCGAACUGAUGAAAGUCGCCAUCUUUGUCAGAAUCUUGUCAGCUUGACCGCGACUCUCACACCAAUCCAAUACUCGAUUGUUUGUUGUUGGCGCUAUUGUCUAGACCUCUUUUAUCCCGUGAAUAGAUAUUGUUGUCAUAUUCAUUGAGGCAAUAAGUGCAUUUUGUAUCAGAUGCAAAACAUAACAGAUCUGGUGGUAAAUAUACGCAUCGUAACGGU